UUCGCUGCUUUAUGGCCAGAGUUGCUUACACUGGGAAGGAAGGGACAUUCACUGCUUUCCAUGGCUUCCUCCACAUUUCUAACGUUUCCUCCGUGUCUUCUUUUCUGCAUCGUCUCGCUUCACGUUUCGGGGAAGAUCGUCCUUGAAGAUGGCUAUACGGUGACCACCGUCUUCGACGGUAACAAGCUCCAAGUCAACCCUCAUGCGGUGCUUCAGCUUCCCGGCUCGUCCGAUCUUCUUAUCCUAGAUACUUUCAACAGUGCUUUCUAUACCGUACAGUUUCCCAUAUCUCAAGAUAGUGUUGUCAAAAGGUUUUCUGGCUCUGGACAGGGAUUUUCGGACGGUGAUGUAGGUUCUGCUCAAUUUAGGAAACCCAAUAGCUUCGCUGCUGAUUUAAAUGGGAACGUGUAUGUUGCUGAUAGGUCCAACCACGCUAUCAGAAAAAUUAGCCGCUCUGGUGUAACCACAAUUGCGGGGGGUAUUUCACAUAAGGAAGGUAAAGAGGAUGGGCCAGCACAAAAUGCAACAUUUUCAAAUGAUUUUGAGCUAGCAUUUGUUCCUAGCGGAUGCCUUUUACUGGUUUCUGAUCAUGGCAAUCAGUUAGUUCGCCAGAUUAAUUUGAAGAAGGGAGACUGCACCCCUCCUCAAUCAGGGCUUGGUGCUGUUCCUGCUUGGGCUCUGGGUCUGGGAUUUGGACUCCUAUUCCUGGGUGUAAUAUAUUUUGUUGCAGUCCGCCCUUGUAUCAAUUCUCGCAAAGGCUCCAGGGCCAUCUUGAACACCGCGACAUGGAAGCGCUGCCUAAUCAAUCUGGGGAAGAUAGUAGUGAUACACUGCUUCGCCGUAAAAAGCGCGAGUGUUAGCAGCAUUAUCUCUUCAUUAGUCAGCUUCUUGAAGAAACUUUGGAGUUUGAGUGUCUCUCAUCUGUUUCUUAUGUUUAGAAUAAACAGAGUAGCUUCUCCUAGACCUUGCAAUGAACACCGGCCUCUGAUAGAUUUAGAUUCCUGCAGUUGUGAGGUAACAGAGCCAAGCAAGUAUGAAGAUCAAUUGAGAGACUUGGUUAGCGCAGACUGUGCUGGAGCUGAUAACCUUAAAAUGGAUGAUGACGUGGGCUUUGCAGAGACACCAAAAGAUAGAGUUUUGCUGCAAGGAUCGUCUGUGUGUAACUAUGGUUUGGUGAAGAGGAAAUGAAGGUUGUUUUUAAGUCAACUCUAGUCUUGUAUUAUGUAACUUGUUUGCAUUAACUUGCUGCCUCGGACCUUUAGCUCAGAAUUCUGCCAGUUGGAUGCUUUCACUUCUCUUGAAUUUAGUCUCGUGUUGAAUGAGUCUAUAAGUUAAGCUUUGAUUUAAGAAUACUUUUUAAACUAA